AUGGGUGCAUUCGAUGCGGAUUCAUCACAUUUGAUGGAUCCAGGCGCAUAUGACUCUGCAAUGAUGGACCCUGUGAUGCUGAGCAAUAUGAACAUUGGCAACAUCCAGGCGUUUUCAGACGACAUACAAAUGAACAUGGGCUCGUACUCAGCAUCUGGAUUUGCGCCCAUGGAUGCGGGAUCGAAUGCCGGCGCAUUACACGAGAAUGGCAUACGGCCAGAUACCUCAGAUAUUGAUCCCAACGCUGUCGGUGGAGGCCCAUUACCAGCAGGCUUCGGCGUUCAGCUUCCACAGCAAGGCAACAGCACCCUCACAGAGUUUACUAAGCGGCGGAAUUGGUCCCAACGAGUCCUCGAGGAAAUUAAAGACAUGCUCUUCAUCUUAACGCCCGACGGCCGGCUAGUGUACUCGUCCCCGUCCACCAAAACUCUGACCGGCUAUGAGGCUUCCGAGCUCAACGGCAAGUUCAUCGCCGACUACAUCCACGCCGACGACACCGCCCUCUUCAUCCGGGAAUUCAACGAAUCCAUCGCUACGGGUCACCCACUCCGCUUCUACUACCGCUUCCGCACGGCAGAAGACAAGCACGUCAUCUUCGAAUGCCACGGCCACCCACACCUGACCAACGACGUCUCCCACCUAGAACUCAGCGGCGGGCCCGUCAACACAGCCGGCUUCUGCCGCGGCUUCUUCAUGAUGGCCCGCCCCUACCCAACUGCCAAUUCCCAACUCCUCGACUCCUUCCUCGAACACAAGAUCGAAAAUGUCCGCCUACAAGCCCGCAUCGCCGCCCUCCGCGCCGAAGAAGCCGAGGAGAACGCCGACCAAGGCAUCCCGUCCAAGUACCAAAAGCGCGCCGGCGGCAACGCCACCGCCACCCGCACCGAAUCCCACGACUCAACAGCCAUGUCCCCCUCGCAAACCUCCGCCACCGGCGCCAACAACAACCCCCCCAACGGCACAACCAACAACACCUCCGACCAAAACAUGAUGCCCCCACCCGCCAAACCCCUCCCCUCCAACAUCGCCCUAACCCGCGAAGCGCUCGACGAAGCCAACGCCUUCGCCCGCCCCGACAGCAUAACCGACAAAAUGGCCCGCUACGAGGCGCCACACACGUCGACUCCAUCGAGAUGCUCACGGGCCUGCGCUACCGCGAGGGCGAACGCGCCCACGGCAUCUCCACCGGCGGCACCUCCCCGGCGUUGCGGGGCCGGGGGCGGGGCGGCGGCGUAUCUGGAUAAGAAGGUGAAGAAGGUCAAGUCUGCAGACGAGUAUGUGUGCACGGAUUGUGGAACGCUGGAUAGUCCCGAGUGGAGGAGGGGGCCGAGCGGGCCGAAGACGUUGUGCAAUGCGUGUGGGCUGAGGUGGGCGAAGAAGGAGAAGAAGCGGGGGCCCGGUGGUGGGGAGACGCAGUUGAGUGGUGGGAAUACUAGUGGGGGAGGGGCGACGGUUUUGAGCGGCGAGGCGGGGAGUGGUGGUGGUGGUGGUGGGAAUGCGGGAGGUACGCCGGCGAUGAGUAAUGGGACGACGGUGGGGAGUGGUGGGAAUGGGCCGCCGGCGUGA